CCGGUCCCCCGCGGCUCCGCGAGAGAAAACUUCCGUCCCGGCGGCUCCGGCGCUCAGGGUCCAGCCUGCACCUGCCUGUCCAGGCCAGGACGCUGACUCAACACCUGUGAUUUCAUGUGUUUGCCGCAUCUGCAGUCACACCUGUAGCCACCUUGACCGAGGAAUCGGCAUCUAGACAACCUCGGUGGCUACGAGUCCUCAAUCCACACCUGUGACCCCUAACACCUGUUAAUACCUGGGUCACACUUGACACGCGGCCACACUGCGUGACACCUGCAGUGACAAAGAACCCUUACCUCAGCUGUCGUAAUACCUGCCGCCCCUGCCACGCAGCCUGACUCUCCAGACGGUCCCUGUGGAGGGAGCAAUGGCCUUGGCUCCUGAGAGGGGGGCUCCCCGCGUGCUGUUUGGAGAGUGGCUUCUGCGCGAGAUCAGUAGUGGCUGCUACGAGGGGCUGCGGUGGCUGGAUGAGGCCCACACGCGCUUCCGCGUGCCCUGGAAGCACUUCGCACGCAGAGACCUGGGCGAGGCUGACUCACGCAUCUUCAAGGCUUGGGCAGUGGCCCGUGGUAGGUGGCCACCGAGCAGCAGCAGAGGUGACCAGCCGCCCCCUGAGGCUGCGGAGCGCGCGGGCUGGAAAACCAAUUUUCGCUGUGCCCUGCACAGCACGCGGCGCUUCGUGAUGCUACAAGACAACUCCUGGGACGCCACCGACCCGCACAAGGUGUACGCGCUCAGCUCUGAGCUGGGCGGGAGAGAAGGCCCAGGCAUCCACCAGGGUGAGGAAGAUGCCCUCGAAGGUCCCUCACGCACACAGGGUGGGCCCCCGGAGCCAUUCCCGGCAAGAGGCGGCUCUGAGCUGCCAGGCCCAUGCCCGGUUCCAGCUGGUGAUACCGGGGACCUCUUGCUCCAGGCCAUGCAGCAGAGUUGCCUUGGUGACCAUGUGAAAGCUGUGUGUGGGGCAGAGCCAGACCCACAACAAGCUCCUGGAGAGGGCCAGGAGGGGCCGGCCCUGAGCGGGGGCUGUGGAGGCCCAGGGCUCCCUGCUGGCGGGCUGCACUCAGCAUGGGCGGUGGAAGCUGCCCCUAUCUCCCAGCCCCAGCCCCCCGACCUAAUGACAGGAUGCCACCUCAGGCAGCCCUCUCCAGAUGCAGGCCAGGGUGCAGCUCCAGAGCCCCCACGUGAGGCAGAGACUCGCCCGGCCCCCUGCCCCAGCAUCCGCGCUGCGGCGGGAGAGCCCAGCCUGGGGGUGCUGGACGUGACCAUCAUGUAUAAGGGCCGAGCAGUGCUGCAGGAGAUAGUGGGGCGUCCAAGCUGCUUGCUCCUUUACGGCCCCCCAGGCCCAGCUGCCCAGGCCGCAGAGCCCCAGCACGUGGCGUUCCCCAGCCCUGCGGAGCUCCCUGACCAGAAGCAGCUACGCUACACAGAGGAGCUGCUGCGGCACGUGGCCCCGGGGCUGCAGCUGGAGUUGCGGGGACUGUGGCUGUGGGCCCGGCGCAUGGGCAAGUGCAAGGUGUACUGGGAGGUGGGCGGCCCCCUGGGCUCUGCCAGCCCCUGCACUCCUGCCCGCCUGCUGCCGCGGAACUGUGACACCCCCAUCUUCGACUUCAGCGCCUUCUUCCAAGAGCUGGUGCAGUUCCGGGCACGGCAGCGCCGGGGCUCCCCCCCCUACACUAUCUACCUGGGCUUUGGGCAGGACCUGUCUGCUGGGAGGCCCAAGGAGAAGAGCCUGGUCCUGGUGAAGCUGGAGCCGUGGCUGUGCCGGGCCUACCUGGAGGGCGUGCAGCGCGAAGGCGUGUCCUCCCUCGACAGCAGCCUCAGCCUCUGCCUGUCCAGCACCAACAGCCUCUACGACGACAUCGAGCGCUUCCUCAUGGAGCUGUAGCAACGCGCCUAGGGCCAGAGCCCGAACCUCCCGAGCCUA